GGGCUGCGCGGCGAGGAGGAGCGCGAGGGCAGCCCUCGCCGCGGAGAAGUGAAAGGCAGAGGAGAAGAAGAAGAAGAGGAGGAGGAGAAGGAGGAGGAGGAGGAGGGAGGGAGAGCAGCGAGAAAAACAACCGUCGCCAGAAGAAAGAGGGCUGCGGGGGGAGAUGUCAAACGUACGCAUUUCUAAUGGGAGCCCUACCCUGGAGCGCAUGGAAGCCAGGCAGUCGGAGUACCCGAAGCCUUCAGCUUGCAGGAACCUCUUCGGGCCCGUGAACCAUGAAGAGUUAAACAGGGACUUGAAGAAGCACCGCAAGGAGAUGGAGGAGGCAUGCCAGAGGAAGUGGAAUUUCGAUUUCCAGAAUCACAAGCCCCUGGAAGGCAGGUACGAGUGGCAAGCCGUGGAGAAGGGGAGCUCGCCCGACUUCUACUUCAGGUCUCCGAGGCUACUCAAAGCUGUCUGCAAGUCCGCCGGCCACCAGAGUUUGGAUGUAAACGGGAAUUGCCAGGCCGUGAUUUUUGUUGGUUCUCAGGGAAUCUCAGAGGACAUUCACUGUGUAGAUCAAAAGACUGGUGUUUCAGAAAAUCAGACGGACUUUGCAGAGCAGUGCCCUGCGCAGAGGAAAAGACCCGCCACCGACGAUUCCUCUCCUCAAAAUAAAAGAGCCAACACAACAGAAGAAGAGGUUUCAGAAGACUCCCCCAGUGCAAGUUCAGUGGAGCAAACACCCAAGAAAUCCAGCCCGAGAAGACAUCAAACGUAAACGUGCUUAGAGCUCGGAAGGUGGCGUUUCCUCGUUCGUCGGCGGCCUCGGUGAAGCGAGGAAGGUGUAAAGUUGUAGUAAAGAAGAGAGAGAGUAGAGAGAAAAAAUAAAUAAAAUACAUAUCGUCGGUCUCCAUGGGAUGGAGAUCCUGUGCAAGCACUGAAGAAAAACAGCAUCAACAUCAACAAACAGAAAACAAAUAACACUAAAAUUUUAGGCACUCUUAAAAGGCCUGCCUCUAAAAGCAUUGGAUGUAGCAUUGUGCAAUUAGGUGUUUCCUUAUUUGCUUCAUUGUACUACCUGUGUAUAUAGUUUUUACCUUAUGUAGCACAUAAACCUUUUUGGGAGGGAGGGGGAGGGUGUGGAAGAGAGUGACUGAAACUUGCUUUCACAACCUAGCAAGCAAAGAAAUGUAUGAAGAAAAGCAGUGUAGGUUUUUUUUAAUUACUUAAAGAUGUAUUGUCCCUUUAAGUGGGUCCACCAUGCUUAUUUUUUAUUUUUUUUCAUUUUUUAAUGCACCAUCAUGCUAACACUGGUAAUAGCAGAUUAUUAGAGGCUGCUUGUGAAAUUUGUAUGUAUUAACAUUAAGCUGAAGAGGUGGGAGCUGUGAUGAUUCCGUUAUGUAAUAGUAAAAGGCUUUGUUCCCUUCCCCCCCACCCUCGAAUCCCUAUAGCAAAUUUGAAUGCUGGUUAAAGUUUUAUAAAUGCAUCCCAUUGUUACGUUGCCUGAUUUUUUUUUUUUUUUUUAAUCUGGAGGGUUUCUGCUCUGCAUCCUGAAUAUUGUUUCCUGAGCUGACCCACUUCCCAAUGUGUUUGUGUGUGAGCAAAAAGGGAUACUACAUCUUUAAACAGUAUUUCUACAUUGCCUGUGUACUUGUAUGUAAAAAUAAAAAGUUUGAAGUGUACCUGUGUACAUAACUCUGUAAAGACACUGAGAAAUUAUACUAACUUAUUUAUGUUAAAAAGAUUUUUUUUUUUAAUCUAGAAGAGGAUAUUUUCCCCAUAAAGCCAAAGUGGCCUGUUUUUGUGCAUUUGUAAAUGCUCUUUAUUUGGUAGACUUUAGGUUUUUUUUUUUCCAUUUUCUGAUAAUUAA